ACUUGUCUAUGUCAAAACUUGUCAUAUCCUUACUCUUCCUUCCCUUCCGCCUUUUGGCAAAAGAUCUCGCUUAUGUGUUCUAAUAAGAACUUUCAUGCCGACCAAUCUCUUAAUGUUCUUUGCCUAACUCUUCCCCUCUUCAAAUCUUACAAGCCUAUAUUGUUCAACAACUUGGUGUGAAGUUCUGGCCUCUGGGUGUGCUUCUGAAUGCCUGAGAAAGGAGUGAUGUUGUCUCCGGUGCAGAGCCACCACCCUCUGCAUCGAUGGAGAGUAAGCGCUCUAACUUCCCUCGUUUUCUUCCUCAUGGUUAUCCUCUGGAGCAUCGACGGUUGUACCAUCAGAACAUUCAUCGACUCAUCGAGACUCAACGCUUCUUCUUACUCCAUGCGACUCUCUUCUUCUUCUUCUUCUCCAGCGGAUCUAACUUCGAACGCCACUGAUCCAACGGAGUUCCACUGGAUAUCCGCCGAGAUGGAGCACAACUUCACGGCGAACCUCUUGAAAAAAUGGUCUGCUCCGGGAGAAGAAGCAAAGACCGUCGAGAUCUCCAUUCCGAACAUCGACGGGAAGGAUCCGGUAGAGUUAACCGCCGGCGAGAUCCACGAGUUCAGAUUCCAAUCCCUCGACGAAUCGGGAAAACGAGUCUGCGUCGGCGGAGAUUACUUCGAGACUGAUCUCUCCGGCGAGAACUGGAAAUCGAGACCUCCGGUGAAAAAUCUAGGCAACGGAACUUACUCCGUCUCCCUCCAGGUCCACCCCGAUUUCGCCGGAGACUACAAUCUAACCGUCGUUCUCCUCUUCCGUCGCUUCCAAGGACUCAAACUCAGCCCCGCGCGCUUCGCCUUCAACAGAGAGCUGCGCAAAAUCAAACUCCGCUUCGUCGAGAAAAACGACGCCGUUUUGCUGGGGCUCAGAAAAUGCGGCAAGUCCGAUUUCGAAAGAGACGUCUGGUCCGGGCGGUGGACAAGACUCGGUAAGAACGAGGAGUGCGAGAUCGGCAGCGACGGGCGUUACCGCUGCCUCCCCGACGGUUUCCCUUGCCGGAAACCGUGGUGCGACGGAGCGUUGGCAGGGUUAGAGAGCAACGGUUGGGUCUACUCGAGCCACUGCUCGUUCGAGCUCUUCUCCGGGGACUCUGCUUGGAGUUGCUUGAAGGACAAGUGGAUCUUCUUCUGGGGAGACUCGAACCACGUCGACACGAUCAGGAACUUGCUGAACUUCGUCUUGGGACACCCCGAGAUCGGGGCUGUCCCGAGGAGGUUCGACUUAAAGUUCUCGAACCCGAAGAACUCGUCGGAGACCGUUAGGAUCACGAGCAUCUUCAACGGACACUGGAACGAGACGCAGAACUACCAGGGUCUCGACUCGCUUAGAGACCCCGGCUUCAGAGAGCUGCUUAAAAGCUACUUUGCGGAGGAGACCGGAGUUCCCGACGCGAUGAUCGUGAACUCCGGUCUCCACGACGGGGUCCACUGGUCUAACCUCAGAGCAUUCUCGAGAGGAGCGAAAACCGCGGCCGCGUUCUGGAGGAAGGUUUUCGAUUCGGUGAAACGCCGUGGGUUCGAACCGCCGGAAGUGGUUUUCAGGAACACGAUCGCCACGGGGGGUUACGCGAGGGAGCUGGCGUUUAAUCCGAGCAAGAUGGAAGCGUACAAUGGGGUGUUUUUGGAGAAGAUGAGGGAGUUUGGGUUGGUGUCGGGUGUGGUUGAUAACUUCGACAUGACGUAUCCGUGGCAUUAUGAUAACAGGUGUAACGAUGGGGUUCAUUACGGAAGAGCUCCGGCGAAGGUGCGGUGGAGAGACGGGGAGAUUGGGCAUCAGUACUUUGUUGAUUUGAUGCUUGUUCAUGUCUUGUUAAAUGCGUUGUGUGUGGGAUGAAAGAGUAGAAUCAUAUUUAGUUUGGUUAGAACUAGAAGUUAGGAAUCACGAUUCUUUUGUUUUUGUUGUUGUGUACACUUCUGAAUACACGUCUAGCCAUAAAUUAAAUAUCAGGACAGUUGAAUAACACUACAAAUCGUUGACUA